GCGGCUUCCAGGACGCGACGGACGACGGCGAGCCCGCCGCCCCGCACUGGGUGCACUGGAUGCAGGGCGAGGAGCCCUUUGUCAUACCCAAGGAGAUCCGCUAUUCGGACAUCGAGGUGCCGACUCUCGACACGCGGCGCAGCGCCGCCAUGCUGGGGCUGCUAGUGACGCAGGGGCACAAUGUGGCGUGCGUGGGGCCUACGGGCACGGGCAAGACCCUCACGGUGGUGGCCAAGCUCGACCGAGGGCUGCCCGACAAGUACAUCGCCGACUUCCUCUGCUUCUCGGCGCGCACUUCCGCCAAGCAGACUCAGGUGUGUUGGCGCGUCUAAUUUUCCUCGGAGAGCCGGCCAGCCAAUGUGUGACACGUGAAGCGUGGCUUGUGUCGCCGGAAAAGGCGCGCCCGACUGACUCUGGACGGAUAUGAUAGAUUGGCUGAAAUCACGCCCACAGGACGUGAUAGACGCCAAGUUAGAUCGGCGAAGGAAAGGGGUGUUCGGGCCGCCUCCCAACAAAAGACAACUCUUGUUUAUCGACGACUUCAACAUGCCAGCCCUGGAGGUGUACGGCGCGCAGCCCCCCAUCGAGCUAAUUCGCCAAUGGCUCGACUUUCAAGGCUGGUAUGAUCGAAAGGCCGUGGGCGAGUUCCGGCAGAUCGUCGACGUCAACCUGAUUGUGGCGAUGGGUCCGCCAGGCGGUGGUCGCAACCCUGUCACUCCCCGGGUAAUGCGCCACUUCCACUACUUGUCCUUUACGGAGUUGCAAGAAGACAGCAAGAUGACCAUCUUCGGUACCAUCACCCGCUGGUGGCUGUCGCGCACCCAGACCCUGGCUGACGAGGAGGAGCGCCUGGUGCGCGCCAGUCUGGACGUCUACGACGUGGUGCUCCGGGAGCUGCUGCCCACCCCGACCAAGACGCACUACACGUUCAACCUGCGCGACCUCAGCAAGGUGUUCCAGGGAGUGCUCAUGGCCGACCCGAAGAACGUCGCCUCGCUUGAUCAGCUGCUGGUGCUCUGGUACCACGAAAACCUCCGCGUCUAUCAGGACAGGCUGGUGGACGACAAGGACAGGGCGUGGUUCAGCGAGCGACUGCGGGCCGUGAUGCGGACGCGCUUCAACCAGGAUCCCGUCGGCGAGGACCCACUGUACUUUGGUGAACUGUCCAAUCCGGAACGGGAGUAUGACAGAAUCACGGACGUGGACAGGGUGAGCCUUUACUAGGAAUAGUCAGGUAA